UUGACCAAUGGCGUGCGAGGAUCGGUUGGGCUGGGGCUUAUCCGCGCUGUGGUUUUUGAAGCCCGUCCAGGGUCCGCACGAUGUCGCGAGUCGGCUCCAUGCGGGCGCUCGGCAACCCGAACAUCCUCAACAAGCGAGUGCCGCAGAACCCCAAGUAUAAGAAUGUCAAGUCUAAGCUGGACACGGGAAGCAGCCUCACCAAGUAUAUGGAGAAAUUGGAAGAUAUGAGGACCAAUUAUCGCUACCGCCCCGGCGAGCUUUUCAAAAGAAUGAAGAUCACAACAUUUGCACAGAUUGUUCUGCAAGUUGCUUCGCUUGCUGAAGAUCCCACAUUGGAGGAGAUCAUGCAAAUGGAAGGACCGUCGUGCACUCAGACAGACCGCCUCGACAUGCCGAGCGCAGGCGACGCGGUUGUGGUCACUGCUCGCUCCACACUGCAGAGUGUGAUCAGUGGGCUCGGGGAGAUGGACCUGACAGGGACGAACGGCUCCGCAGAGAAGCAGCAGCCACUGUCACCGUCUCGGCAGCAGAAGCGGAGUGAGGCUUCCGAGGAUCAACCCUACCCUGACUGCCCGUACCUGCUGAUGGACCUGCGUGACAGAGAUGCCUACGAGCAGUGUCACAUCAUAGGCGCGGCCAGCUACCCAAGUGCCAUGCUGUCCCGGAGUUUUAAUCAAUACACCAAGGAGAUGCUUGAAUAUAAAAAUGUUACGGGAAAAAUCAUCAUUGUUUAUGAUGAAGAUGAGAGGAUUGCGACGGUGGCAGCCACGACAAUGUGUGAAAGAGGUUUUGAAAACCUCUACGUUCUUUCCGGAGGUCUAAAGGUGCUAGCACAGAAGUUUCCUACAGGCCUGACGACCGGCUCCCUUCCGCCCCAACUGCUGGCGCCACCCAACCGGAAAGCGAGACCGCCCCGCCCCUCCAAUUCCUACACUUCCCCGGUGACCCCUGUCGUGCCGGACAGCCCAGUGCCUGCUGGAAACAAGCAGCGCUUUGGAUACGAUGACCUGGAGCGCAUCCGACACUACCUGGAUGACGGCUUCACCUUGUCCGACACCAGCAGCCAGUUCAGUCGCGCAUCCACCUCAAGGUCCCUGGGCAGCGCCGCCUCCUCCAAGGCCCCCUCGACGGCCGGCAGUAUCAGCGCACGGUCAAUGAUCAGCUCCGCGGGCACCGUCAAGCCGUGGAAGUGACGGCGCCUGCUCAACAUGCCAGGCGGUGGACACACCGUGUCCAUGUCUGUCCUAUGCUGCAUGUGGGCCUCCACCCCUUGCAAAUCUUGGGGUUAUUUGACCAUACUUUUAUCACGCCGGUCAGUGCCGGUUCGUGAAGGUGGGAAGCCUAAUUGUGGGAGCGUUGUACGGCAUAGCAGUUGAUUUUGCUGCUUUGUCCUCUUCUGCCCAUAUUGUAGCCCCAUAGCAGCGUAUAACACCCGGUUCAUGCGUGUUGGUCACCCAAGCACUCUUCAGGCUCUCAAGCCUGCUUAGCUUCCAAGGUCUGAUGAGAUUGGAUGUAUUCCGGGUGAUUUAAGCAGAGAAAACCGCGCCCCGCCAGUAUUGACGCUGCAACCCUCAUCACCUGUAGUAAGAACACAUACUUCAUACUACACGCUUGCACGUGCAAGGCAUUUACAUUUUCGGCCAUUCUGUGUUGAGCAAGGUCGAUAACGAGCCUCAACUGCACCACGGCCUCCAGGUGGAAGGCCUGCCCAACCAAUUGCCAGCUGAAAAGAAAGUAUCUUGGCACUGUGACAGCGCGGAUUGAGUGUUUGAUAAAUACAAGUACACGUUGGUCAGCGGUCAUUAUAAAAUGCUUUUUUUACAGAUCAGUAUAUAGUACAAGGUUUCCAUUUCACUUUUUGUUCAAAUAAUUGUUAUUUGUUCAUUUCAAAAUUAUUUAGGGAUUUGAUGAAGGAUACAAAGUUAAUGUCCUUUCAGAUUUGGUAUGGCUUCAAAUUUAUUUGUCGUUCCAAAACAAUUUGCCCUACUCGUAGCCAGGAUAAAAACGUAUGUCCUUUAUAUAGAUUUUUAAAUAUGUGCACAUCAGAUGCAGUGAAUAAGCUAAAUAUGAUGCAAUUCAUCCAAUUAUAGAAACUUCUAAUAAGGAAGUGCACUGUAAUUAGCAUGCUUAAAUCACAGUGCACGACUUCAGUAGGCCUCAUAAAUAAUUCCAUUCUCAGAAUUGGAAGUUUCUCAAGCUAUAGGUGUGAAAAUAGGGACAUUUUUAUUUGCAUAAGAUAUUUUUCAGUUUUAAUUUUACUCGUAGCGUUGUCAAGAGUGCCCAGGAGGCAGGCUCAAGGUUCCAUGCGCUUUCUUUACAGAGGUUGCUGGAGUUGAAGCCAAUUCUGGCCCAUGGUGCUUUGAUGUGAUUUAGCAAUUGUCGUGUUUGCUGUAUGUUGUAUGGUGAAAAUGUCAUUACAUUCCUUGCAACGGUUGGCUGCUGAA